UCUAACAAAGUUAAAGUUUCCCAUGAACCUCAUCAGGAUCAGAACAGAGAAAACCAUGACCUCAAUCCUAGCUCCCCUGCUUCUUCUUCCUCCUCCUGGACCUCAUCGUAAUCCUCUUCCAUUCAAUUCAUCUCUUUCUUCUUUACACCCUCUGCUUCUUCCUCCAUCUUCUUCCAGUUUCUGUAAAAUCCGCUCCCUCCAUACCCAAAAGAAAUGGCCUGUAUUUCAAGCUCCCCCAACUUUGAAUUUAACCCAAGACGAGGCUGGCGAUGGAGAAGACGACUUCAAAGUCUUAGCCGCCAUUCAAAGCUUUUACAACCAUAUAGUGAUUGUAGAAACUCAAGAAUCCAGGAUGCUUCUCCUUGAUUACACCCAUAACGUUCAUAGCAUUUAUAGGAAGGGGCAGACAUGGACUCGUUCUUAUUGGGAUGAGUUUGCUAGUUUGCCUGCCAUUAUUCCCAAAGGUCCCAUUGCAAUUCUUGGAUUGGGCGGUGGAACAGCAGCUAAUCUCAUGCUAGAUUUAUGGCCGUCACUAGAACUUGAAGGAUGGGAGAUUGAUCAACUUUUAAUUGAUAAAGCAAGAGAUUAUCUCGGGCUGUCAGAACUUGAGAAGCAAACACCCAAAGGUGGCAUUCUUAAGGUUAAUGUUGGUGAUGCACUUUCUUCAUCUGUAAAUAUUCCUGGAGGGUAUGCUGGCAUUGUCGUGGACCUGUUUUCUAAUGGAGAGAUCUUACCGCAAUUAAAAGAGGAGGCGACUUGGUUAGAGUUGUUUGCUAAGUUGAUGCCUAAUGGUCGUAUUAUGGUGAACUGCGGUGCAGCUAGGGAUGGACCAUUGGAACAAGUUUCUCCGGACACUGAUAACACAUGGUUGCUGAACUCGACUGUUAAAGCUAUGUGCAAAGCUUUUCCUGGUCAAGUAAGCUGGAAGAACAUGCCUAAAGAAAACGGUCUAAACUGUAUGGCAUUAACAGGACCACUGCCAGAUCUCAAAACAUGGUCUUCUCUUCUCCCUGACCCAUUAAGCUCAAGCAUCCAACAAUGGGCGUCCUGUUGAUUUGAAUCAUGAUUUAGAAAACAUGUUUCAGUUUCUAUCUUCGCUUUGUCGAUGAAGCAAUCAUUAAAGGUGAAUGAUCUCCAAACUUUAAAAUCCUUUAUAUUAUUUUUGGUGCUUUCCAGCCAGUGGCAAAAAAUAUAGGAGAAUCUUUCGAGUGGGUUGGUUUCUGUUUCUGGUUCAUAUCUUUCCCACCCCUUCUGUCAUUGUCUGUCUUUGUCCACAUCUAUAAACACUUUAAUAUGAUUAUGAGAAUGUCAUUACAUUUUUUCAUCA